AUGCCGGCCCUACUGCAACGUGUACCAGCGCGAGCGAGAUGUCCGCUGGACUUGGGCUCUUGCUUCAGAACACGGAUAUCAUAUCUUCGUGGCUAUGCCACUCUGCAGUCUUCACAACCGCCUUUGCGGCGACGAGCUGCUGUUCCCCCUUACCAGAAAAUUCUGAAGACCUUCGAAGAUGUCAGAGAGAUCCUAGGCCCCCAGAAGCUGACUCUGGCCGAGAAAAUCCUGUAUUCUCAUCUCGACAACCCCUCCGAAUCUCUAUUGACUGGGACCGACAAUGGCAAAAGCAUUCGGGGCAAAGCCAACCUCAAGCUCAAGCCCGACCGUGUCGCGAUGCAGGAUGCGUCUGCACAGAUGGCCAUCCUUCAAUUCAUGACAUGCAACCUUCCCAGCACCGCCGUACCCGCAAGCAUCCAUUGCGAUCAUAUGAUUGUGGGAGAAAAGGGUGCAGACGUAGAUCUUCCUAAUUCCAUCGAGGGCAACAAGGAGGUGUUUGACUUUUUGGAAUCAGCUGCAAAGAGAUACGGGAUUGAAUUCUGGCCUCCUGGGGCAGGCAUCAUACAUCAGUCAGUGUUGGAAAAUUAUGCUGCUCCUGGCUUGAUGAUGCUGGGGACGGACAGUCACACACCUAACGCAGGAGGCUUGGGUGCUAUUGCAAUUGGUGUGGGUGGGGCUGACGCAGUUGACGCUCUUGUUGAUGCCCCAUGGGAGCUCAAAGCUCCGAAAGUUCUAGGAGUUCGUCUAGAAGGCAAGCUCAGCGGCUGGACUUCGCCAAAGGAUGUAAUCCUCCAUUUAGCCGGCAAGCUAACUGUGCGUGGCGGGACCGGGUCGAUCAUCGAAUACUACGGACCUGGAGUCGACACGCUGAGUUGCACAGGCAUGGCCACGAUCUGCAACAUGGGUGCAGAGGUAGGGGCUACGACGUCGAUUUUCCCUUUCUCAGAGAAUCAUAUCCCUUAUUUGCAAGCUACGGGACGAGAUGCCAUUGUCGAUGCGGUCAAGGGCAUCGCAUAUGGCUCGGAAAAACACAACUUCCUGCGGGCCGACCAAGGCGCGGAAUAUGACCAAAGCAUCACAAUCAAUCUAGCUACACUCGAGCCGCAUAUCAAUGGUCCUUUCACGCCGGAUCUGUCCACACCUCUCUCAAAGUUCAAAGAUGCUGUGAAGACCAACAAGUGGCCUGAAAACUUUUCCGCUGGGUUGAUUGGCAGUUGCACGAACAGCUCGUACGAAGACAUGACCCGUGCCCAGGACUUAGUCAAACAGGCCCAGGCUGCCGGAUUGAAGCCCAAGUCUGAUUUCUUCAUCACUCCAGGAAGCGAACAGGUACGCGCUACCUUGGAGGAGAGUAAGACGCUCGAAACCUUCACGCAGGCUGGUGGCACCGUCUUGGCGAACGCCUGCGGGCCGUGUAUCGGACAAUGGAAGAGAACAGACGGUGUCAAGAAAGGCGAAGACAAUGCCAUCAUCUGCUCCUACAACCGCAAUUUUCCGGGUAGGAAUGAUGGCAAUCCUCGUACGAUGAGUUUCCUUGCUUCGCCAGAAAUUGUCACCGCUAUUUCAUAUUCUGGAUCGACUUCUUUUAACCCAAUCGUCGAUGAAAUCUCCCUACCCUCUGGUGAGAAGUUCAAGUUCGAGCCUCCGAAGGGCGCACAGCUCCCAGGCUCUGGCUUUGCUAUCGGCAAUCCUGCAUUCUACCCUUCCCCUGCUGAACCAGAUCAAAGCGUGGAAGUCGUCGUCGACCCCGAGUCUGAUCGACUGGCUAUCUUGGAGCCGUUCGAACCAUUUCCAGAAGGCGAACUGAAGGGCUUAAAGGUCCUGUACAAGGUCAAGGGUCAGUGCACGACAGAUACCAUUUCAGCCGCUGGACCAUGGCUCAAGUACAAGGGACAUCUUCCAAACAUUGCUGAAAACACUCUCAUUGGUGCAGUGAACGCUGCGACCGGCGAGACCAACGUUGCAUAUGACAGCGACGGGUCCACCUCGUCUAUCCCUGAACUUGCAAAGAAAUGGAAGGCCAGGGGACAAAAUUGGCUGGUUGUAGCUGAGGACAAUUACGGCGAGGGGUCCGCUCGGGAACAUGCAGCACUUCAGCCACGGUAUCUCGGAGGUCAAAUCAUUCUGGCAAAGAGCUUCGCACGCAUCCACGAAACGAAUCUCAAGAAACAGGGAGUAGUGCCGUUGACCUUUGUCAACAAGGAGGACUAUGACCGCAUCGAUGCCUGCGACCACGUCGACACAGAGGGGUUAUGGGAUGUUCUGAAGAACGAUGGCCAAGGCGAAAUCAACUUGAGGGUCACGAAGAAGAACGGUGAGACGUUCACAAUCCCCGUCAACCAUACGCUGAGCAAGGAUCAAUGUGGCUUCAUCCUGGCCGGAUCUGCCCUGAACCUGCUUGCGAAACGGCAAAAGCUUGAUUGA